GAACCAAAUCACGACCGAAUUACAUACAAGCUAAUUCGUAAUGGACGGCGCCCCACUAGUGUCAGCAGACCAACUCAGAGCACCAUAUUCCGAAAGAUGGGAGCUGUUGAAAGAUGUCAUCGCGUGGCUGUACUUGGAGUACUUGGCAAAUGGGAAGAAGUUGAAGUUGAAAGAAAUUGUCAAGAUAAUGGAACAAAACUACAAGUUCUACGCUUCUGAAACCCAAUACAAACGCCAAUUUGGCAUCUGGAACCUGAAGAGGGCUCUUUCGACCACGAAAAAGGAGAAGAUUACGGCAGCAUUGGAAACCCGGGCACAACAAGGGAAGUUAUCUGUGGUGAGACACCAGGGCAAAGUCGAAGUUCAGAAGGUUCGGAGGUAUAUGAAAGAGCAAGCACGGCGGGAUAUAUCGAUACGGGCGAGCAUAAGCAGUGAGUCUGUCGACGUGGAGAAUUUAUCUGGACAUGCUCUGCAGUGUGGCAACAGAGUGUUCAUGAAUUGGAGUAUGCCAGCUGCUGUCUGGCGCUUCCUUGAAUCCAAAUCCAAGGCCACCGACCAUGCUUCGCCUUAUGCUUCUGCCAGAACCCCAAUGAGCGAUAUCCAGGUGGUCACUCCGUCCUCAAAUUCCGGACCAUCACCUCGAGACCGUCCAUCUCCCGGUGACGCCUUGUCACCAAACAACGAACGAUCUGCUCUGACCGUCGCAGCGAAAGAGACUCUGAAGAUCAGGCGAGCACAUCUCUUCGCCCAGAAACACCAUACGGAUCUGCUUCGGGGCAUGAAUCUACAAGAGCAAAGCAUCACCACCGAGUGGUUGAAUCAGUUCUGGCAAUAUUCCUUUACAACCGCCAGAACCUGGGGCCGCGGACCACGAGUUUGGAACGCAUCAAGCCUCAGAUUCAAUGAAUUUUCUAAAGCAAGAACUGAGAGCCACUCUGGUACUCCUGAUAUGACAGUUAAUUCUUCCGAACAACAUUCCCGUCAUGAAAGAAAGUCGCCUAAUAGUUUCAACAUCGAGGAACCAAGUCCUCUAUGUCGCUGGAGUAUACAUAUUCGCGAAAUCGACUGCGAUGAAGUCAUGUCCCCAAAACAAGCUGAAGACAUAGCCAACCCAGAUGAUGAAAACUCUUGGCGACCGUGGGCGGGAGCAGAGACUAUCCACGAUUUUGCACAGCGCCUACAGGAAAAUCUCGAGAGUAACGACUUCAGCACCGUCGAAAUUAGAGACCUCCCACUCUCGUCAGGCCAGAUAGCCAGAGCAGCAAAACGGUCUCCAGAACAAUUAAUGGAAGACGCAUUCGGCUUUAGUAUCAUGGCGCGCAAUAGGGAUCUUCUCUGCGAUAUGAUGGAUUACAUUGAUGGGGUUGCACACUUCUCGUUGCAUGACCUAUAUCCUUUACAUCUAGCCUCGAGCUACUUGGAUGGAUCGAAGACGUGCUGUGGUGUGUUCGAUGAUAUUGUGGAAAGGAUGCCUUCGGGUGAAGCUUCUGUUCGCAAGCUUUACACCAACCAUCUCAAUCAUACGGUUCUCGAUAACCUUAUGAUAGCUAUAUUGAAGGGACACACCUCAUGCACUCCAGUAAUGGUUGACGAAGCCUUCAAAAAGGAGCGUCGGUUUGCAGGGGAAGAGGUAGACAUCUGCGGAAGAUGGGACGCCGACUCUGAUUGCAUCCGUCACCUCCAUGCAAGUGGCAACCCCACAAUACCUCAGAACUGGAAGCACAUGUUCUGUCACACAUCAGCACAAGCCAUAACCCACUGUAUUGGAACUCUCUUCAGUCCACAUUGGGGACCUGACAUCAACACAUCCAGCGGUCUUUUCCUCAAGCGCUGUCUCAACGAAUCGUGUGGACUCAAACUCCAGCUUAAGCCUCUCCACACUCUAGUUAUCACCACAGUCUAUCUUGCACAGCUAGGAAGUGAUGGAGAGAAUCUUUUCGGAAUGAUCGCAUGUCUGCUCUGUCUUUUGGGGAAGGGCGCAAAUCCUCUACUGAAAGCAGAUGUCUCGUUGAACGCUCUCUUGAAUAACGAUGAUAGCCAACACUGUAGCCAUUUCGAGCUUGACCCUUUGGAACUUACGCAGAAGGUGCCCCGGACCCUCAUUUCAGAAUGGCCACAGGAACGCAUAACCGGUUGGAGGACAUUUUGUACUAUCCUUAAGCUCUCACAAAACGAAUGGAACCCUCCACCACGACCUGAACCGCCGACGAGGGCUCCAAGUACUUCAGACGAUGACUUUCGAAGUAUCUACGGUGUUUUUGUCGAAGAUGUAGAUGAGAACCUGUCAAUCGUCGAACCCCCACUCAUGGACAUAGAUGUAGAAGACGGAAACAACGAGGAAGAUGAAGACCGUGACGAAGACAUGGAUGAAGAUUACGACAAUGACUCAGACGAAGAAGAAGGUGUUCCUGCGUACUGCUGCUAUCAUGACGUAACCUCCUAUCAGCAAAAUUUCUUUGGCAAGAACAAGAGUUUGGCGACUCUAUGGGCAGCUGUUCAAACAGAGUUGUUGACCUAUAGAAGAAUUGCUGAGGGUGAUCCUUGGAUUUCAGCAAACUUCGAUAUGCAAUCUGUACUCGAGAGCUUGGAAAAGGGGAAAGAGCUGUCCAUUCGACUUGUGUCUGAGGGCAUGAUGAAGCCAUUUUGUAGUUGUGGCAUCAUCUGCGAUUCAGAGGAUCCUGCAUGCCUGCGUGUAGAAGAAGCAUCUGCUUAUUACUUCUCAAAUCUUGAGGAUUGGAAUCGGACAACCUACUUGCACGCGUUUGAAGAUCGCACGAUGAUCUGGGACUGUUAAACUAGGCCUAAGCGAUUUGUUUAAGAAAAGUAGGUAUUUAUUAUUAAAAUCGCGACUUUGCACUUUCAAAAUAUUAAAGUUCGUUUGGUAUGUUCAAUUAGGAUGUAAAAGCUCGUAAGCUCGUUCUCGUCAUAUUUGUGUGCUCUAAACAUGUUUUGAGUUUGUUGUGAUAGGAUAAUUUUCGCCCGUCUGCGUUGACGACAGCUGUAUCUACG